AUGCCGGUACUAUUAAAGGCUGCAAUAGAUCGAUCUGGCUUCCAGUCUUAUAGUUCGGAUGCUCGGCGUUCAGUCGUUGGUAUUGCUGCGGAUCAGUCUAACGCCGGUGGUCAUCAUUAUCUGCGUACCCUUGAACGGCAGAAUACUACUGCUUCAGCAUUAAGUCAUCGUAGCGGAGUUUCGGUAAAUGUUGAUGCGUAUAAAUCGGCACAGCCGCCAGCAAUACCGCAAUCAAAGACUGUUUUACAAAAAGUAAAAUGGUUUUACAAACACUGUCACAUCAACUAUUUAUUGCCAUUGGUAUUUGUAAUGCUUUAUAUGUUUGUUGGUGCAGUAAUAUUUUUGGUACUUGAAGAAGGCUAUGAUGAGGCCAAAAAACUUGAAAACUAUCAUAACUAUUUAAAUGAACGUGAACUGUUGAUAAAACGAAUGGAAGAAAUAUUAAUUGAUUUGGCUGCGGAAAGACCUGGUAGACGAAGGAUAUUUAUUGAAGAGGCUGUCGAUUAUUUUCAUAAUCAAGUUGGAUUUUUGGUUACAAAUCAAACUGAUUGGUCGUUAGUAACAGCACUUUAUUAUUCCGGAACAGUUUUCACUACAAUAGGUUAG